GAGAAUGUAUAUCUAAUGAUUUACUUCUUCUACGGCUUAAUAGUCUUACCGUCACGACUAUCAGGGAUCUUUGCUAUUUCUUCUUCUCAGCUUCCCCGCCUUGAACCUGCAACUUUACUGGAUGGCGAGAUCUUGACAUGGGCGGGUAAAUAUCGAGCAUUGGUUGAUUGUCCAGGGCAAGGAGUGGAUGGACAUGUGUAUUCAGUAAUUUCUAAGGACCAAGAAAAUGCGUUGAGAAUGUAUGAAGGGGAUACCCAUGGAAUCGUACACGCGAGUGUAAUGUUAAAGGAGAGAGAUGGAAGUGAGGAAAUUCCGGUUUUGUGGGUUCGAAGAUGA